GACAUAACUCCAAUGGACUUGGGAAUGCGGAAGUUAAAAAAAAGUCUUUAAAAGUUUUCUCUGUCACGUUGCAAGAUCGAUUUUUUGACUUAUGUUUUGAGAAGUAAAAGUGCUGACUAUGUCACCCUGUUUGAAGUGGUUCUGUUGUCCCACAAAUGUGUCCAUGUUUUAAAGCAUGCCCAUUCAGAGAAACCAGUGGGCGAGUUGCCAUGGUUACUGGUAUCUCCACCUGUGUUGGAUUCUUGGGUGUUUGUCCGUCACAGGAAAUACGUUAUUUACGAGUUCCAUCGGCAAGAAGGUUGUUCAUUUUGACCACAAUGGAAACCAUGAAGAAUCUCUCUGCUGGGCAGUGAAGCUGAAAGAAAACCAUGAUCACGUGACACUACUGCAAGGGAGACAAUUCACUCUAUCUGCUCCACACAUCAGACUUAUCUCCCUUGGACAGAUUUCAGAUUUUCAAAACCAUAUCUCGGUCUGUCAUUGGUCAGAACAUGAAACAAACAAACAAGUGCCAAAUUUUGAAACGUUGCAUAAAGUACACAGAAAUGUAUAUGAUUUACAUUACAAGAAAUUUGCUGAAUUAAAACAGUCUGUUGAGAGUUUGUUAGAGGGAGAUAAUUCUGUGGAGUGGUUUAGUCCAUAUGUGGUUCGUAGCAGACAGAAGAGGUCACUACAUUUCCAAGAUCCUUUUUUCCCAAGACAAUGGCAUCUGCGGAACCGAGCAUCGUCUGGAAUGGACAUCAACGUGACCGGUGUUUGGGAACACAACGUGACGGGAGUCGGAGUAACAGUCGCUGUCGUUGAUGAUGGUUUGGAAUGGACGAAUCCUGAUCUCCACUCUAACUACAAUUACAAAGGCAGCUGGGAUCUCAACGACAACGAUCCUGAUCCCAUGCCAAACGCCCGCAAAGCAACUAAUCAUCAUGGAACGAGAUGUGCUGGCGAGAUUGCAGCAGUCGCCAACACGGUUUGUGGCGUGGGUGUGGCUUACAAAGCAAAAAUAUCAGGUCUGCGUGUUCUCGAUGGACCAAUGACAGACAGUUUGGAGGCAUCUGCUUUUAACAAGAAGUUGCAGGUCAACGACAUCUACAGCUGCAGCUGGGGUCCCGAUGAUGAUGGUAAAACUGUGGAUGGACCACACAUCUUAGCAGCCAAAGCUAUGAAGUAUGGCGUUGACUUUGGUAGGAAGGGGUAUGGAAGUAUUUAUGUUGUUGCUAGCGGCAAUGGAGGUCAUCACCAAGACAACUGUAACUAUGACGGAUAUGCAAAUUCAAUCUACACCGUUACUAUAGGCUCGGUUGAUGAGACCGGACGGAUGCCAUACUAUGCAGAGGAGUGCGCGUCCAUGCUCGGAGUAACAUUCAGCAGCGGAAACCAUAACAAUAGAGCUAUCGUGACGACCGACUGGCGCCUGGGAUCUGGGACUGGCUGCACAGAACAUCACACGGGAACCAGUGCAGCGGCUCCGAUAGCAGCGGGGAUGAUUGCUCUCAUCUUGCAGGCCAGACCGUGUCUGACGUGGAGAGACGUACAGUACCUCAUGAUCAUCACAGCCGUCAAGGUGGACGUGGACAUCGCUCACUGGCAGCGUAAUGGCGCAGGUCUCUACCACAGUCACAAGCACGGCUUCGGUCUGCUCAAGGCGUGGAGAUUGGUCAAUGCUGCCAAGGUUUGGGAUAUGGUGCCCUGGAUCACGUCCUACUCAGUGAUAGGUAAUGGUGUCAAUCUGAAGAUUCCAAAAGGCUCAGGGAAAUCGCUAACAGUACCUGUUACAGUGGACGACUAUCACAUUCAAGGUUACAGUCUGUACGUUCUGGAGCAUGUGCAGGUUACCGUGACGAUCACUCAUCCGUGUCGUGGAACACUGGGUGUGGUGCUCAUCUGUCCAAGUGGAACAAGAUCUGUGAUUGGUGCACCGCGGCCCAAUGACAAUUCCACUCUUGGUUUCUCAGCCUGGACGUUUACCACAGUGAGGUGCUGGGGGGAGCCUCCCACAGGCAAAUACCGGAUAGUCUUCACUGAUAAAGAUACCAAGCAUUCCGAAUUUGGAGUUUUGAAGAAUUGGCGACUGACUCUGUUUGGUACUCCUAUGAUGCCCGAAGAAUUCCUCAAACGACGACAACUGAUAGAGGAAGCAAUGAGUGGAGUUUUUCUCAAUGACAGCUACCAACGACCUUGCCCGCCUCCUCCUGUGAUGGCGCAACCGAACAUUCCGAUGUCGCAGAGAACACUAAAGAUACUGGCGUUAGCAUGUGUGUUCUGUGCCGUCAUGUGCGUUUAUGAAACACUUGAGUACGCAUUCUGUUACAACGACGAGAAGAAAGAACAUCGACGCAAGUUAAAACUUGCUGCUCGGGCCCAGCGCCUAGCUGAUCGUUCCAGACCCGAACCUGUUAACUCGGACGAUAUCACGGAAUCGACCGGUUUACUACAGGCUGAGGACAUUCCCAUGGAAACAUUUCCACUGAUGUCGUCAUCGGCAACUGCAAUUAACACUGGUGCUAAUAAUAGUUAUGAUAAUAUGCAAGACGGUGGAGAGUUUCUAAGCAACAGGGUAGAUAACUGUACUGAUGCGAGGUCACAUUUGUUAAGUUCCGUGAGAGAGGAUGGCGGGUUGCUAAGCAACAGGGUAGAUAACUGUACCGAUGCGAGGUCAGAUUUGUUAAGUUCCGUGAGAGAGGAUGGCGGGUUGCUAAGCAACAGGGUAGAUAACUGUACCGACCCGAAGUCAGAUUGGUUAAGUUCCGUGAGAGAGGGUGGCGGGUUGCUAAGCAACAGGGUAGAUAACUGUACCGAUGCGAGGUCAGAUUUGUUAAGUUCCGUGAGAGAGGAUGGCGGGUUGCUAAGCAACAGGGUAGAUAACUGUACCGACCCGAAGUCAGAUUGGUUAAGUUCCGUGAGAGAGGGUGGCGGGUUGCUAAGCAACAGGGUAAAUAACUGUACCGACCCGAAGUCAGAUUUGUUAAGUUCCGUGAGAGAGGGUGGCGGGUUGCUAAGCAACAGGGUAAAUAACUGUACUGACCUGAGGUCAGAUUUGUUUAGUUCUGAUAGAGAGGUCGGAGAAGAUAUUUCACCAGAUGUGCUGUCCCAUAAUGUUUGGAAGUCUUCUGUGCCGAAGUCAGAUUAUUCCACAAGUGGCCUUCCCAUCGGUGUUUCCGCUGCCUCGAAUUCAAGUCUUCCGUUAAACUGUGUGACUGAUGUAGACAGUUCCGACGCCGAGAAUGUUCUCUUCACUAGAUGACCGGUGCAGUGUGAUACAUAGAGAUUAUUAUACAAGCUUGUGUGUCGUACUGAUUUUACAAAACAAGUGUCGGGAUUCUUGUAUUGCCUGAGCGAGAACGAGGGUAAUACAUGAAUCCUGACACGAGUUUCGUAA